AUGUCUGGUGCCCUUGUCAGAUAUCAAGCUUUUUCACACUGCAGCAUCUUAGCCUCACCUAUCAAUCGAUUUUUUUUUUUUUUUUUGGACAUACGUAGCGAGGAGCUUGAAGAUGUUCGGUCGAAAGAGAUUCCUCUCGUUUCCUCUGGUGAUUGGAGCCGUCGUUGUAAGUUCUGGGGAGAUCUGAAAGUAUGCUGGCGCCUAAAAUGCUCUGGAUUGGAGUUGUUUCGGGCAAAGCAAUAUUUGGUCCCCCACUUGAUGAGUACUGGAAGAAAAAGCUUCAGGAAGAGGCUGCUAAGGAGACUGAUGCGAGCUCAACUUAGCAUUUAUCUUGUUGAAUUUCCUCAAAUUUGCUUGCUUCUUGAAGGUGUCAGAGCAGGGCUAUUACUAAUUCAUUUACUUUGAAGCUCUUGAGAAAGAUGGACAUAUGCGAAAACAAAUGCAUUUGAUGCUUGGAGUCUUCCACUAAUCACAUAAACUGUCUUGGUUGAAGAAAUUACUUCCAACUCCUCCAUUGCAGAGCUGUCCAAGUUACAAUUUCAUAAUAAAUUCUUUCUUUGUAAUGCAUGUAGAAAUUAGAAUUAAAGCUGACAGUACAUGCCAUGUUCACCGCUGUUAAUUUGGUGGCAGGAUUUUAAUUGAAUUUGAGAUUACUAACAUCUCAUGACAAUUAUAUUUGAUUAUCAAAAAGCACAAACAUUUAUAUUUACAAACCAGGCAUUAAUUAUCA